AUGAUAGGCAUAGAAGGAUUCGCGAAACCAUGGCUGGAGUUUGAAGAGGAGUUUGGCGAGCGCCUGAACUUACAGCCACCAUUCAGCCAGAUGAUAGAGCAAUUCACUAAAUGGGGCGGCAUUGCUGCAUCCAGAUACACAUUCCCAGCGCCUGACCCGUCCAUCAAGACCGAAGACACUACGACUGCCAGCGGUAUGAAGAUACGCAUAUACACCCCUGAUGGUUACACAGGGAAUAAGCCGGUGUGCAUGUACUAUCAUGGUGGCGGCUGGGCCAUGGGUGAUAUCAACGCCGAGGAUGCAAUUAGCAGGACAAUCUCAAAGUUGGGCAAUAUUGUAGUGGUUUCUGUCGAGUAUGGACUUGCUCCGGAAAACAAACACGCGGAUCUGAUGAACGAGUGUUACGAAGCUCUGUGCUGGGCAUUGGAGAAUCCGAUCAAGUUAAAUGCUGUAGCAGGAAAGUUCGUCGUAUCGGGGAAUUCGGCGGGUGGCCAGCUUGCCUUUGCGACGGCGUUGAGGGCUAUUGAUGAGGGUUUGGGAGACCAGCUUGUUGGUGUAGUCACGCUUAUACCUGCGACUGUUCAUCCAGAUGGAGUUCCUGAUGAGCUUCGGUCCAAGUACACGUCUAUGGUUGAGCAUGACCAGCACACCGUCAACUCUGCGAAUGCGAUGAGAGGCUUCUGGCAGGCUUUUGGGGUGCCACCCACUGAUCAAUAUGGGUCACCCCUUUUGCAUCCUAGACUAAAGGAGUUGAAAAAGGUUUACAUGGCCGUUUGCAGCCAUGAUACACUCAGAGACGAUGGCUUGCUCAUGAAAAUGAAGCUCGAUGAAGCUGGAAUUGACUUUUACGAGGGUUAUCCGCACUUCUUCUUUGGCUGGCCAUCGCCGAAACUUGAACAGCCAACGAAGCAGUUAUUUGCAAAUAUGGGCCAAGGUCUAAAGUUUGUGCUGUCAUAG